UUCAAGGUUUUAUCUAUUUUAGCAGAUAUCACUGAAGAACAUAGUGAUAAAGAUGAUAUUGAUUUUUGGAGUGGUAUAUUUGGUAUUAUAUGCUGUAGUUAGCUAUUAUACCUUACAACUUGGAUUAUUCGAUUCAUCCUAUCGCGAUGAUGAAAGGAUAAACUCCAUGCUGAUUAGAUCUUCUGAUGUAUGGGCUGCCGAAUGGUGCAAAGUUCAUAUGUUGCUGACAGCGUGUUCAGCAGUUAUCCUGAUUCGUGGUUGGCGAAAAACUCAGCAUAAGAAAAUCACAGUGCUUGACUUCUUCUUUCUCUUCAUAUUUAUUGGCCUAACUCUCAUGGAGUCAGUGGGAAUGUACUUGAAUUACAGAAAUCAUCUACCGGAUAUUACACUACCUAAUGAUUUUCUAUUCAAGAGAAUUGCUAGACUGAAUGCAUUUUCUGACUGGGCUUCAUUACCUUUAUUAGGAUGGAUUAUAGCUUGGAGCCGACAUGUUCGACGAGGCUGGUACCCGAAAAGAAACCGUUUAGUAUUUGCCGCUUCUGUGACUGUAUUUUUCUUGGCAAUCAUUCAUCCCACUGCAUAUGUGUUCGGACUCAGUGUUGUUGGGGUAUUAUCUUGUAUUGCUUUGUACGAGUGUUACAAAGUGCACUUCUAUAGGCCUGGCAUAAAGGCAAUGUUUUGGAUAUCGUUACUGACAUGCAUCUUGUUUUGUCUUAUAAGAAUAUCCAGUUUCGUUUUCAAGCCCGUUAAUUGGAUUGUCUUCUAUUUUAAUGUUUUGUCUUUGGCGUCUACAACAACGACAGUCUCACUAAUGUAUUUGCGAAUUUUGGAAAACGUCAACGAACACAAGAAAUGAAUUCAUUAUGAAUCACAAUACUGUAUGAGGCAAUAUACUCGCGAAAAUACCAAACAGAGCAAUCAAAGACAAUAUCCACCUGCUUCAAUAAUGGGAAUUUCACCAGUUUUGCGUAAAAGUUCGUUAUGAUAUACAGGAAGCGAUGUGAUUUUUUAUUUUUUUUUUUUAUUUUAGAAUUGAAGCAUUCCGAUUUUCUAGUUUGAGUUUUGUUUUGAAAAAAACCGAGCCAAGAAAAGUUUGCCACUAUUUGUAGGUGUGAACUGCAAUUGUCGAAGUUUGUUAUUAUUAUUACACAAAAUAUUUUAUGUGCUGUUCUUUCGCUUGCAUGCUGAUUAUUUUCAAAUUAUAAUAAAAUUCCAAACCGUUUUACCAUCGAUUUAUAGUAAUCUG